AACUCAGAUAAUACAGAUCACUAGAUCAUACGGCGCAGAUAUAAUAAGUUUAAGGUAAACUGAGAAAACCCUGUCUUCAUCACGCCAACACGUGCCACUUGUUCCUUACACUUGACAACUGUCUUCGACUCUUUUCGUACACCUCCCUCCACCAGAAUCUUCCCAUGUCACCAAACCAUACCCAAGCCAACGCCACUGAGGGCUUUUCAGUAAUUACUUCCAGACACCAACUGAAGUUAAAAAAGCUACACAAAACGACGACGGUUCUGGCCGACGCCCACGACCCCACAUCAUACUAUCCCAAACCCAUUCUUCAAUUCAUUCACCUCCCCCACACAUUUCUCACCGUCGAUUUUUAAGAUUCUGCUUUAUCAGCACCGACCGUUACACUACAAAUCUGAACGCCCAGUAACAAUAGCCCGUCCCGGAUACCAAUGCGUUCACCAUUCACAGCCAAAUAAAAAAACGAAAAUAGAAAAAUCAAACAGUUAUUCUUCUUCUCCUUAAUAUUCGUCGUCUUCAACCUGGCGCUGCCUUCACUCACUUCCUUUAUUUUCACUAUGAAAGUCUGAGUUGAGAAACGUAAAUAACUCACUGCACAGAACCCUAAUUCCCAAUUUGUGAACACAGAAGUUCGAGAAUGGUUUCGCUGGAAGAAUCACGGUCUAAUUCGAGCCGUUUCCCCUUGGCCAAGAGUUACCAGUACCACUCCUCAGUUUCGUCCAAAACGCAGCGUCAUAUAGGAAGGUCCAUGCGCACGAUACGUUCCAAUUUCUUCCAAGACGACAGCAGUAGCUGCUCCUUCACCGAAAAAUCCACCUGUCUAUCGGAGAACCUCACCGACUCCGUCGUCGACCUUCGCCUCGGCGAGCUCGCGUCGCGGAACAACAAAUCCUUGAAAUCCUCACCCGGAGAGGAGGACUUCCUCGACCUCUCCCAGGCCUUCAGUGAUUUCUCCGCAUGCAGCAGCGACAUCUCCGGCGAGCUGCAGCGGCUGGCGACACUCCCAUCACCGGAAUGCGUGCAGAAGAGCAAUAUAUCUGGAGAAGUGGAGCCGGAGACGGAACCGGAGCCCUGCACGGGUUUCCUGCAGAGGGAGAGCUUCUCCACGGAGAUUAUCGAGAGCAUUUCGCCGGAGGAUCUCCAGCCGACGGUGAAGAUUUGCAUCGACGGCCUCCAGUCCCAGUCGGUGGCAGUAAAGCGCUCCGCGGCGGCGAAACUCCGGCUGCUAGCGAAGAAUCGCGCCGACAACCGGGUUUUGAUCGCGGAGUCCGGCGCGGUGCCCGUUCUUGUUCCGCUUCUCCGGUGUAGCGAUCCUUGGACGCAGGAACAUGCGGUAACCGCGCUGUUAAAUCUAUCUCUCCACGAGGACAAUAAAAUGCUGAUAACCAAUGCUGGAGCAGUGAAGUCGCUGAUUUAUGUGCUGAAAACGGGAACGGAAACUUCGAAGCAGAACGCGGCAUGCGCGCUUCUAAGUCUGGCGCUGGUGGAAGAGAACAAAAGCUCCAUCGGGGCUUCUGGAGCGAUACCACCCUUAGUUUCGCUUCUUCUGAACGGUUCGAGCAGAGGGAAGAAGGACGCGCUGACGACGCUUUAUAAGCUGUGUUCUGUGAGGCAGAACAAGGAGAGGGCGGUGAGCGCCGGUGCGGUGAAGCCGCUGGUGGAGCUGGUGGCAGAGCAGGGGAACGGCAUGGCGGAGAAGGCCAUGGUGGUGCUCAACAGCCUGGCCGGGAUUCAGGAAGGGAAGGAUGCAAUUGUGGAAGAAGGUGGGAUCGCUGCUCUUGUGGAAGCCAUUGAGGAUGGGUCUGUGAAGGGGAAGGAGUUCGCGGUUCUGACCCUUCUUCAGCUCUGUGUUGACAGUAUCAGAAACAGAGGGUUUCUUGUCAGAGAGGGUGGGAUUCCUCCCCUCGUUGCCCUUUCUCAAACUGGGAGUGUUCGAGCUAAGCACAAGGCCGAAACGCUGCUUCGAUAUUUGAGGGAAUCAAGACAAGAGGCGUCUACAUCGAGUUCUUAGCUAAAUGAUUACAUUGCUACUUUGGAAGGUGGUAAUUAUACAAUGUAAUUGAUUAUUGUAUAUAUAGUGAUUUUGAUGGUUUGUACAGUGUGGCCAUGAUAGUUGGAAUGGAGCUGGGUUUAUUGAAGUUAGAUGAAAGCUAGCGGCUAUAGACUGACCCUUUUAGAUGUAUGGAUAUAGCUAGAUAUGGGAGUUUGGUUUCCCUUGUUUCGAUUUGCUCGUGUGUCCUGGUGUUACAUGGUUGUAUUUUUGGGUUGUUAGGUUGGUUCCUUUUGUUUAUAUGACCCUAGUUUUGUGAAAAGGGUUUCUGAUCGUAUUAUUGUAUGGUAAUUAAGUUGCACGCUCGUAAUGAAAGUACGAGCUUCUACUGAAAUAUACCUGGAUUGUGUGUCCAUAAUCUCUUUUAGGUCAA